AUGCAUCUCCUCCAGUUCGUUUUGCGCAUCCUCAGCUGCCCCAUGAAGUCGAAGGAUUCUCCAUUCUACUCAGCCCCGAAAUCAACACCGGCGCAAACCCCGCAGCCACUCACCGACACCGUAGCGCAGCCCUCGACCCUCUCAAAACUUAAUCCUUUGAACUACAUGUUCUCGUCUAUCUCCCAAGAGCGCGCAGCUAAUCAAACAGUCGACCUUCCUGUUGAACGCGAAGGCUCUUCAAUCCCAAGAGGCGAUGGUGAAGGCAACUGGGAGUAUCCGUCUCCGCAACAAAUGUACAACGCCAUGUUGCGCAAAGGACACACAGACACACCCCAGGAUGCAGUGGAGUCAAUGGUUGCAGUGCACAACUUCCUGAACGAAGGCGCCUGGGAUGAGAUUGUGGGAUGGGAGCGCGUGUUCGCCAAGGGUCUCAAGUCUGGAUGGGAACACUGCCGCCGCGGCGAGGAAAACCUGAGCAUGGACUUGACUUAUGCUGACGAGAAUGGUAAAUUUGAUUUGACCUCCGAGCCUCGUCUACUCCGGUUCCAGGGCCGGCCGCAAGAGUGGUCACCCAAGGCACAAAUAUACCAGGCACUGAGCUGGGCGUAUCCAAGCAAGUUUGAGACAAGCCCUCCAUUUGACCGCCACGAUUGGUAUGUCAUCCGCCAGACACCUUCGGGUCCGAAGGAAGUUCGAUACGUGAUCGAUUACUACUCUGGGGAUCCAGAUCCUCACGGACUGCCUGUCUUUCACCUUGAUAUCCGCCCUGCGUUAGAUACACCGACAGCUGCUGUUGAGCGCUUAAUAAGGUGGGGAGGUGAUGUCUGGUGGAGGGCUAGCGGCGCAUCCGUUCGUGAACAGGCCUCUAAGAGUGCUUGA